AUGUCUGUUGCAAUAAUUACGCUUCUGUAUUCGCAGGACUACAUCCCAGGCGCACUGACGCUGGGCCACCAGCUGCGAAACGCUGCAAACCCGAUUGAAGCUGAUAACGACAAUAAGGAAGAGAAGGAGACUACGGAAUUGCUUAAAUUUACCUCCUGUAUUCUGGUAAGUUCGCAAGUACUCGAGGAUCAAGCCCGGCAUUACGAAGUAGAACUGUUAGGCCUGUUGUAUGACCAGGUGAUCCCAGUCAAUAGCUCAGAGCAUGUCUCUGAAACGCUUGUGGAAUUGAAUAAACCUAAUCUGGAACUGCUGGACAGACCAGAACUGUCAUUUACGUUUUUAAAAUUGGAGCUUUGGCGGCUCACGCAGUUUGCACGAAUUGUGUACUUAGACUGUGACUGUCUGCUCGUAGACCACAAGAACGCGAACAGCACCGUGAACGCAUUUUUAGAGGGCAUCCUGGACUCAACGCAGAAUCAGGCCAGCCACGAAAUCGGGGCAAGUCCGGAUUGCGGGUGGCCUGAUCUGUUCAACAGCGGGGUCUUCACACUUGUGCCAGACAAGACUGUAUACGAGCGCUUGGCACGAUUUGUUCUGAGCACAGAAUCCAUCGAUGGUGCGGACCAAGGAGUGCUGAAUCAGUUCUUCAACCCUGCGUGCCAAAAAGAGCAGCAUGCUGAAACGGAAACGGGCUGGAUCCGGUUACCGUUCUUUUAUAACAUGACAAUUCCAAAUGGUGGAUACCAGAACGCGCCAGCUGCGAAAUAUUUCAAAGAUGAGAUCAAAUUGGUGCAUUUUAUCGGGAAGAAUAAGCCUUGGAAGACCGUGGCGGACGAGAAGGACGACGAAUAUCGUCAGCAGUGGUGGCGUCUGUAUCUGCAGCUUGUCGAACAGUACCCCAAACCGCCAAAAACCAAAGAUGCCACUGUAGAUGAUGAAAGCGAUGACUCGAAGGAGGGCGAGAGUGCUGUGCCCCUUUUGCCGCCACAAUGGGAUGCCACCAAGGAGCCACCGCCACCGAACGGGCUUCCUGAGGCGGCAACGCUGGACUUGGAGCCUCAUUUCGAAUGGAACCUGGAGACCCAAUUGCUCGAGGACGAGUUGCCUAAACUGGUGCUGGGACCGAGCCCCGUGUUUCCCUGGGAGUCUUAUCCGGACAGACACGAUGCAACGAGGGUUUUCCCAGACUGA